UUCUCUUGGGUACACGUUGCGAAAUGCAAUCUUUGAGACGGAAUGAAAAUAUUUGCUGAAGGCAUCACCACGCUCUGUUGGGUGUAGCUCCUUGCCCACCCAAACAGCAUAACUCUGCAUGAAGCUCCUCACCCAUGCACGCUCAACAUGUUUUCAACGUUUUUACCUUCCAAUUAGGCAUGGAAUCCGCAGGCAUUCAUGAAACCACCUACAGCUCCGUCACGAAGGGCGACAAUGACAUUCGGAAGGACCUCUGGGCUAACAACGUCCUCUCGGGUGGCACGACCAUGUAUCCUGGCAUUGCCAACCACACGUACGAGUCAAUCACAGCUUUGGUCCCCAGCACCGUGAAGAUCAAGAUCAUUGCUCCACCUGAACAGAAAUACUCUGUCUGGAUUGGUGGCUCCAUCCUGGCAUCUCUCUCUCAUUCCCCUUUCCAGCAAAUGUGGAUCAGCAAGCAAGAGAGCGGUGAAACAGGGGCUUCGAUUGUCCACAGGAAGAGUAUCUCAAUUAGCCUUUUUUCUUCCCAUGCCCACGUUUCCUUUCAUGCUUCAGCCAUCAUCAUCUCUUAUCCUAAAAUUUAUGUUGCUUUUUUGUUCACGAUGAGCAAGAACCAGUCCUUUUGCACACACUCACACCCAAAAAAACACCCCACAAUGUUGGGAAAUCUACUCAUAAAUAAAACUAAAAGAUUUCCAGAGUCUCUUUCGUCCUUCCACCAAAGCGGUUGUCCAACACCUGCAGCAGACACAGCGCUCUCCGAGUCCUAA